AUGAAUUAUACUCCUAUGGAUGGACAGAUGCAACAGCAUCAACACAACCAGCAAGUUGCCACUGUGCUGUGUUGUAACUGUGGUACUCCUAUUGAUGGUUCCAGUGGUUUGGUAAUGUGUUAUGAUUGUAUUAAAUUGACAGUGGACAUUACACAAGGGAUUCCAAGAGAGGCUAAUAUUUCGUUUUGCAGAAACUGUGAAAGAUUUUUACAACCUCCGGGACAAUGGAUCAGAGCUGAGUUGGAAUCCAGAGAGCUAUUGGCUAUUUGUCUGCGUCGUUUGAAAGGUCUGAAUAAAGUUAGAUUGGUAGAUGCUUCUUUUAUCUGGACAGAACCCCAUUCUAGACGUAUUAGAAUCAAGUUGACAGUGCAAGGUGAAGCCAUGGCCAACACCAUCAUUCAACAGACUUUCGAAGUUGAGUACGUUGUUAUUGCUAUGCAAUGUGCUGACUGUGCCAGAUCUUACACCACCAAUACAUGGAGAGCCACUGUUCAAAUUAGACAAAAAGUGCCUCACAAGAGAACUUUCUUGUACUUAGAACAAUUGAUCCUGAAACACAAUGCCCAUGUUGAUACCAUCAACAUUCAAGAAGCCAAAGAUGGUUUAGAUUUCUUCUAUGGUCAAAAAAACCAUGCCGUUAAGAUGCUUGAUUUCUUAAAUUCCGUCGUUCCAAUCAAGUUCAAGAAAUCUGAGGAGCUAAUUUCGCAAGAUACUCACACUGGUGCCUCGACUUACAAAUUUUCAUACUCUGUUGAAAUUGUGCCGAUCUGUAAGGAUGACCUGGUUGUUCUACCAAAAAAGCUAGCAAAGUCCAUGGGUGAUAUCUCCCAAUUUGUUCUUUGUACCAAGGUUUCUAACACUCUACAAUUCAUGGACCCUAUGACUUUACAAACUGCUGACUUGUCCCCACAAGUUUACUGGAGAACUCCAUUUAACGCUUUAGCAGAUGUUUCCCAACUAGUUGAGUUUAUAGUCCUAGAUGUCGAACCAACCGGAAUGAGCAAGGGUAACCGUGUCUUGGCUGAUAUUACUGUGGCCAGAUCAUCUGAUUUAGGUAUGAACGAUCAAGUAUAUUAUGUUAGAACACACCUGGGUGCCAUUUGUCAUGCAGGUGACAGUGUUAUGGGUUACUUUGUUGGAAACUCGAAUUACAACUCUGAUCUAUUUGACGGUCUAAAUAUCGAUCACGUUCCUGAUGUUGUCUUGGUUAAGAAGCUAUACCAAAGAAAGACCAAGAAGAGCAGAAACUGGAAGCUUAAGAGAAUGGCCAAGGAGCACAAGGAUAUUGAUGCUUCUCAAGACUACAAUAACAGAUCUCAAAGACAAGAAAUGGAGCGUGCCGAAAGAGACUAUGAGUUAUUCUUGCAAGAAUUGGAAGAAGAUUCUGAGUUGAGACAAACUAUUAACUUGUAUAAGAACCAGAACGCUGCUGUACCACAAGAAGCUCACGAGGAAGAGGAAGAUGAGGAUGCCCCACAAAUCGAUAUUGAUGAAUUAUUAGACGAGUUGGAUGAAAUGACAUUAGAUGAGCCAGAGGAGCAAGGAGAGGUUGCUAUGUGA